AUGAUGAGUGCACCAAAACCUUCUAUCCUUGCAGCUUUGUUUUGGGUCCUCCUUUUCAUGUCUUUGAAACUAAGCAAAUGUAUCAACUGCCCUGAAAUUGAAAAACAAUCACUUUUAAGCUUCAAGAAAUCUCUAAAUGGCUCCUCAAACUUGUUGUCUUCUUGGGAUGCUAAGUUUGAUUGUUGCACGUGGAAAGGUGUUGUUUGCAGCAACUUAACUGGCCGAGUUCUUCAACUCCAUCUCCGAGGUAAUUAUUUAGCUGGCAAAUUAAACUCGUCUUUGCUCAACUUGAAGCAUUUGAAAUAUCUUGACCUGAGCCAAAACAAGUUUCAGGAAGAAAUCCCUUCUUUCAUUGGAUCGCUCACAAGUCUCGAAUACUUGAAUCUAUCAUCCGCUAGAUUUUAUGGAAAGAUUCCCCAUAGUAUUGGAAAUCUUUCCAAUUUGCACGUUUUAAGUUUUGCUGACCAUUGGUAUUUAGCGCCGCAGUUGGAAGUCAAUAGUGUUGAAUGGUUGUCGGGACUUUCUCUAUUGGAGCACCUCAACAUGAAUGGUGUGAACCUCAGCAAAACAACCAACUGGGCUCAACAGGUUAUCAACAAACUUCCUUCUUUAGUCGAGCUGCAUUCUAGUGGAUGUAAUCUUAAUUUGAUGGCUCCUCUGAAUGAUGGUAACAAUAUCAGUCGUUCUAAUUUAGCCACUCUUGAUCUCUCUUGGAAUUCCCCGUCUUAUGGCAUUUUCCCUCCGUGGAUUUUUCAACUCAGCAACCUUAUCUAUCUUGAUAUGAGUGCCAACUCAUUCCAAGGCCCAAUUCCAACAAUGAGCAACACCACAAAACUCCAACACAUUGAUCUCUCCUAUAACAAUUUGAAUUCAAGCAUUCCACAGUGGCUCCACUCCUACAAGCACCUCCAGCACCUCGAUUUAAGUGGAAAUGAACUUUCUGGAAAAAUACCAAGAGAAAUCACAAACUUGUGCAAUAUUCAGACCUUGAAUUUAGGGGCUAAUAAGUUUGGAGCGGAAUUAACAGAUUCAUUUGGAAAUAUGUCAGAUUGUUUCUUAGGAUCUUUGAUAUAUUUAGGUCUAUCAUGGAAUCAGCUCUAUGGUCAUCUGCCUCAUCAAUUUGGAGAAUUUAGAAGUCUUCGAUCCCUUUAUCUUAGGGAAACCUCAUUGUCCGGUGUAAUUCCAGACGAAAUAGGGAACUUGCUUUCCCUUGAAAGGUUACACUUGGAUGGUAAUAAAUUUACAGGGAACUUACCAGAGAGUAUUGGGAAACUUGUGAACUUGACAGUUCUUUCCAUAUACAAUAACAUGUUGGAAGGGGUUGUGACUGAAACCCACUUUUCCAAUCUCUCAAAUUUAGAAGACUUGAUUGCCUCUGGAAACCACUUGACUUUGAAAGUCAACCCAAAUUGGAUUCCACCAUUCAAACUGAAGGUGCUUUACCUAGGGUCUUGGAACUUCGGAUCUCCAUUUCCGUUAUGGCUUGAGAAUCAGAAAGAGAGUAUCUCCAGUCUGGAUUUAUCGUGUACUGGAAUCUAUGGAAAUGUUCCCAGCUGGUUAUGGAGUUUGAGCUCUCUCAACCUUUCCCAUAACCAACUUGACGGAAAGAUUUUAUCCAUUAUUAGUGAUCGUGGAACUGAUGAAUAUAAUGGCCCCUUACAUGUUUUUGACUUGAGUGCCAACAGGUUUAGUGGUCCACUGCCUCCAAUAAUGACGAGUUCAUCCUUAGAACUCCAUUUCUCCAAUAACUCAUUUUCCGGAGGAUUGUCAGAUUUUCUUUGUAUCAAUACAUCCAAUGUAGUGUUUAUAAAUUUUGAAGGAAACCAUCUUUCUGGAGAGUUACCUGAUUGUUUUUGCAAAUGGCAAUCAUUGAAAGUGUUGGACUUACGCAACAACAAGUUGUCCGGAAGAAUACCGAAUUCCAUCGGAUUUCUAACUAAUUUAGAAUCUUUGAACCUCCACGGCAACAAUUUCUCUGGCCACAUAACUUCUUCAUUGCAAAAUUGCACGAAACUAAUGAUGAUCGACUUUGGUGAUAACAGUCUUGGUGGGGACAUACCGAAAUGGAUUGACACAAGAUUUUCCAAUUUGAGAUUUCUGAUUUUGCAGUCCAACAAUUUCAGUGGUGAAAUUAGUCCAUCCAUAUGUCACCUCACUUCUCUUCAAAUUUUUCAUCUCUCUAAUAACAAACUGUCAGGGAGGCUACCUCAAUGCCUCAACAAUCUUACCACAAUGACCACUAAAAAGAUUUUGGAUAAGCCAUACUAUUCUGUAUCUAUCGAUUUGGAUAUGCAAUUUGGAAAGCUAAGAACUUUUGCAUUUGGAAGACAAUUUCACGAAAGUGCAUCAAUUCCGACAAAGGGUAGAGAACUCACAUACGACGCCACUCUCUUUUUGGUCAAAAGUAUCGACCUUUCAAACAACAUCCUGUCUGGUGAUAUCCCAAUUGAGAUAACAAGUCUGGUGGAACUCCAAUCAUUGAACCUGUCCCGAAAUCGUCUAACGGGAUCCAUCCCAAACAACAUUGGAAACAUGAAGAAUCUUGUAUCUCUAGAUUUCUCCAGGAAUUCAUUAUCCGGCAAGAUUCCAAGUAGCAUCACAACCAUGUCUUUUUUGAGUAGCCUAAAUCUGUCGUAUAACAACUUGACGGGGAGAAUCCCACAAAGCACCCAAAUUGGGACCUUCAACGAGUCCAGCUUCAUCGGCAACAAUCUUUGUGGCUUUCCACUAAGAAUUUCUUGCAAAAAUGAUGGUAAUGUCCCUGCCCCGACACAGGUGCAGAUUCAAGGCCGAAAGAGCAAUAAGCAAGAGAUUGAUUUGUUUUACGUAUUCCUAUCUUUAGGGUACGCUGUUGGGCUUUCUGCUGUCCUCACUGCAUUGUUUUUUAAGAAGAAUUGGAGGGAAGCUUAUUAUGCCUUCUUUCAGAAACUGUGGAACUGUGUUUACGUGUAUUUAAUUAUCCAAUGGAGGAGGCUCAUGAGAGUGUUGGGUCGAAAUCCCUAA